AUGGAAGCCAAACCUCCAGAGAAAAGAAUGGCAAAUCCCAAACCAAAACCAAAAGACUUCCUAAACCAUCUGGAAACAUACCUCGCCAAAAGGGAUGGCGUAGACAAGCUCCUGAAGAUCUGCCGUUACACAACCAAGAUCCUCCUCGCAUCAUCCCUCCUCCCAGAAACCAAUCCCUUAACUCACCGUCUCAAAUCCUUCGAAUCAAGCGUCGGAGUCAGCCGCAAAGCCUUCCGUCUCGGCAAAUUCGUACAAGACAUCAACGCGCUCAGAUCCUCGCGAUGGGACUCGAAUCGCGACUUGGCGCUGCUCAUACUCGCCUACGGAGGCGAAGGAUUGUACUACUUCGUCGAGCAGUUCAUCUGGUUAUCGAAAUCGGGGCUCAUCGACGCCAAGUGGCUGCAGAAGAUGAGUGCGUGGGCGGAGCUUGUGGGAUACGUUGGGAGUGUUUCGUUGAAACUUAGGGAUUUGAGGAAGAUUAAAGAAGAGGAAGUUUGUAUUGCGUCGACCAUCGAGAUCUCUGUUACGAGAGGGAUUGGUUAUGAAGGUGAAGAGGAGAAGAUGAGGAAGCUCAAGGAGAAGAAGACGUUGAAGAUGUUAUCCGUUCUUCAAGAUCUUGCUGAUGGUUUGAUGACGAUCGCAGAUCUAAGGGAUGGUCAAGGAGUGCUAUCAGCUCCGAGUGUGAUUGCCUCAGCAGGUUUGUUUUCAGCUAUUAUCAGUACUCAUAAGAACUGGGUCUCUUGUUGA